AUGGAGUCAGUUGUACCAGUGAAGGACAAGAAACUUCUGGAGGUCAAACUAGGGGAGCUGCCAAGCCAGAUCUUGAUGUGGGACUUCAGCCCUAGUGGCCUUGAUGGAGCGUUUCAAAGAGGUUACUACUGGUACUACAACAAGUACAUCAAUGUGAAGAAGGGGAGCAUCUCGGGGUUUACCAUGGUGCUGGCAGGGUACAUGCUCUUCACCUACUGCCUUUCCUACAAGGAGCUCAAGCACGAGCGGCUACGCAAGUACCACUGA